UUGCAAAGUGUCCACAGGAAUCUAAACCUUACUUGUAACUUCUAUCCAAAUAUCACUGUUCAGCAAAACCAAGCUUGUCUCUUUUCCUCACAAGCUCAUUUUCCCACUUCCCCACCGACCCCAUUCUCUUGCAAUAGCUUGAAGGAUGGUGAGGACAAACAUGAUGCUCAUUGCUGAUCCUCUUUGUAUCACUCUGUCUCAGCUAAAUGCCUUAAAGGGGUAAAGAUAUGGUAUCAUCUACUUUCUCAUUUGGAGGCAAUUUUUUUCAAUAAAUACUCUCUUGUUGGGGCAUCUAAAAGAUAGGGCAGCUGGCAGGUGAUUGUUUUUUACCGCAUAUGGCUGUUCAAACACCUGUAUGUUCAAAUUCUGGAGCAAAGUAUCGUGCUCUAGCUCCGUUGACAGUUCUAAGGGGCAUGGUGUGUCUGCUGGUGCUUCUGUCAACAGCAUUUAUAAUGCUAGUGUUCUUUGGCUUUCUAAGUUCUGUUAUAGUGCGACUUUUUAGCAUCAGUUACAGCCGGAAAGCGACUUCCUUUUUCUUCGGUGCUUGGCUAACUUUAUGGCCAUUUCUCUUUGAAAAAAUCAACAAGACUAUAGUUGUGUUCUCUGGAGAUAUUGUUCCUUCAAGGGAACGGAUCUUACUGAUUGCAAAUCACAGAACUGAGGUUGACUGGAUGUAUCUAUGGGACCUUGCGUUGCGGAAGGAAUGCCUUGGAUACAUAAAAUAUAUACUUAAGAGCAGCUUGAUGAGACUUCCAAUUUUUGGUUGGGCAUUUCACAUACUGGAGUUCGUCCCGGUGGAAAGGAAGUGGGAGGCUGAUGAGUCAACCAUGCGCCAUAUGCUUUCUACUUUCAAAGAUCCCCAAGAUCCUCUCUGGCUUGCUCUUUUCCCAGAGGGCACUGAUUUUAAUGAGAAGAAGUGCCUUCGGAGUAAAAAAUACGCUGCUGAACACGGUUUGCCAAUUCUGAAAAAUGUUUUACUUCCAAGGACCAAGGGUUUCUGUACCUGCUUGCAAGAAUUGAGGGGCUCUCUGACUGCAGUUUAUGAUGUGACCAUUGGCUACAAAUACCGCUGCCCAUCUUUCUUGGACAAUGUGUUUGGUGUGGAUCCUUCUGAAGUUCAUAUCCAUAUCCGCCGCAUUCCCGUUGAUUCUAUCCCGGUGUCUGAAAGUGAAAUUUCCAAGUGGCUGAUCGAUAGAUUUGAGUGUAAGGACCAGUUACUUGCCAAUUUUCAAUUUCAAGGCCAGUUUCCUGAUCAAAUAACAGAGAGGGACCUCUUUGCCGUGAAGAACAUUUUAAAUUGCAUGACAGUUGUUAUGUUGACAGGCACAUGCAUGUACUGCAUUUUUUCCUCUAGCUGGUUUAAACUUUAUGUGUCCAUAGUCUGUGCUUAUUUGGUUCCUGCGACAUAUUUCAAUAUCCGGCCGCAGCCUAUUCUUGGCUUGUUGAAGAUGAAAUCCAAUUACGACAUCUCAAAUACUUGAAUGACCAAAAGAACUGUCAGCCUGAGAUCAAUGUAUGAUAGUAGUUGUAAUAUUAGCACUGGACUUGCUAUUACAUGCAAUUAUAUUCACUUAAACAGUUGUAGAAUCAAGUUUUGGCUGAUGGUCUUGUUUCUCA